UUUCGCUUGGUGGUUGUGUCUUAUUUCGUGCUCGUGAACUUACAUUUUUAUUUUUGCCGCCGAAUGGUAUAAAAAAAAGACAUCAUAAUAAAAUAAUACACGAUUAUUAGCAAACAAAAAACAAACAGAACAUUUUUAUAUUUAAAUUGAAUUCAUUUCCUUUGCCGUGGACAAGAAGGUUUUUGGUUUUGUGUUGCGUUUCUCAAAAUACCACUGUUUUUGUUUUCAAUCGAUUUCUGUUUAGUUUUAGUGAAUUCAUCAAAUUCGACAAAAUUAUUAUAAAUGUGCUUUUGUCUAAUGUUGUGUUAAUAAUUAUUUUAAGUGACUAUUUUACUUUUGAACAUUUUGCAAAUUCCGUAUUUUGAAAAUACAUAAAUACAAAAAUUAUAACUAGAAGAUAUUAUGGCUAUGCCGAACGAAGUUGGCGUCCGGGACUUUGUCCUAUUGGACUCGGUAACGUUGGAGAAAUUCAUGGAUAACCUUCAAAAAAGAUUUCGAGUUGGAUCAAUUUACACAUACAUAGGAGAAGUAUGCGUUUCAAUGAAUCCCUACAGGCAAAUGAAUAUUUAUGGUCCAGAUACGAUAAACAAAUAUAAAGGACGAGAAUUAUUCGAAAACCCACCACAUCUUUACGCAAUUGCAGAUUCGGCACAUAAAAUUCUGAAACAAAGACAUCAAGACACAUGUAUUCUUAUAUCUGGAGAAUCGGGCGCUGGAAAAACAGAAGCCUCCAAGAUCAUAAUGAAAUAUAUUGCUGCCGUAACAAAUGUUCAAGGACAAAAUGAAAUUGAAAGAGUUAAAAACGUACUCAUUCAAAGCAAUGCAAUCCUGGAGACAUUUGGAAAUGCGAAAACAAAUCGAAACGACAACUCAAGUCGAUUUGGAAAGUACAUGGACAUUGAAUUCGAUUACAAAGCCGAUCCCGUAGGUGGGAUUAUAACAAAUUAUCUUUUAGAAAAAUCUCGUGUUAUUCAGCAACAACCCGGAGAAAGAAAUUUCCACAGUUUUUACCAGCUUCUCCGUGGUGUAAGUGACAACGAACUUCGUCAAUACGAUAUCGUUAGAGACCCAAUGAAAUAUCAUUACACCAAUCAGGGUAGCAUCGAUGUUCUUACGGAGAAAUCUGACUAUAAGGGCACUUGCAAUGCGUUCCGAACUUUGGGAUUCUCACCAGAAGAAUCAGGCACAAUUUGGCGAGUAGUCGGUGCAAUUCUUCAUUUAGGAAACAUCACUUUCCAAAGCCAGGAAGACGAACUUAUCAUAGCAAACAAGUCUCAUCUGAAAUCAGCAGCAAAACUUCUUCAAGUUACAGAAAAAGAAAUAUCAGAUGCACUGACAAAAAGGAUCAUAGCUGCUGGCGGUAGCGUCAUGGAAAAAGAACAUAAUGCUACUCAGGCUGAAUUUGGAAAAGAUGCUCUAGCAAAGGCCGUUUACGAUCGCUUAUUCACGUGGAUUAUAAGUCGAAUUAAUCGAGCAAUAGUGUUUCGUGGUUCGAAAGCACAAGCUCGUUUCAAUUCUGUAAUUGGUGUGCUUGAUAUUUAUGGCUUCGAAAUAUUCGAUUCGAAUAGUUUUGAACAAUUUUGUAUAAAUUAUUGCAAUGAGAAGUUGCAACAAUUAUUUAUUGAGCUUGUGCUGAAACAAGAACAAGAAGAAUACAUGAAAGAAGGCAUUGAAUGGACAAACAUUGAUUAUUUCAACAAUAAAAUAAUCUGUGACUUAGUUGAACAGCCACAUAAAGGAAUAAUUGCUAUUAUGGACGAAGCGUGUCUAAGUGUGGGAAAAGUUGACGAUGAAACACUUCUUGGUGCGAUGGACAAAACUCUAAAGACUCACCCUCAUUAUACAAGUCGUCAGCUCAAACCAAUGGACAAAGAACUCAAGCAUCGUGAAGACUUUCGCAUUACACACUAUGCUGGUGAUGUUAUUUACAAGAUCACUGGAUUUAUAGAAAAGAACAAAGAUACUCUAUACCAGGACUUCAAACGGCUUUUACACAAUUCUAAAGAUCCGAAUAUCAGUUCAAUGUGGCCUGAAGGAGCUCAGGAUAUUAAAAAAACAACCAAACGACCACUGACAGCUGGAACGCUUUUCCAAAAAUCAAUGAUUGACUUGGUUAGCACUUUACUGAAGAAAGAACCCUUCUAUGUGCGUUGCGUCAAACCCAAUGACAUUAAGAGUGCAACCGUUUUCGAUGAUAUGCGCGUUGAACAUCAAGUUCGUUAUUUAGGUCUCUUAGAAAAUGUUCGCGUCCGACGAGCUGGUUUCGUACAUCGCCAGCGAUAUGAUAAAUUCUUGUUGCGCUAUAAAAUGAUCUCCCAGUACACAUGGCCCAAUUUCCGCUCUGGCAGCGAUAAAGAAGGAGUUAAGGCACUUAUCGAUGAAAAGGGUUUCGUUAAUGACGUCAAAUAUGGACACACCAAAAUAUUUAUUAGGUCUCCAAAAACUUUGUUUUCUUUAGAGUCACAGCGCAACGAAAUGAUCCCCCACAUUGUGACCCUUUUGCAGAAGCUAGUUCGAGGCUGGAUUUGUCGAAAGAACUAUCAAAAAAUGAAAGCUGCUUUGGUCAUAAUGCGCUAUUAUAAAACCUACAAACUGCGUUCGUAUAUAAGCGACUUAGCACAACGAUUCCGUCAUGCGAAGAACAUGCGGGACUACGGAAAGAGUAUACAAUGGCCCGAGCCACCUCUAUCGGGGCGUGCAGCUGAACCACGUCUGAAAAGUCUCUUCAACAAAUGGAGAGCAUAUAUGAUUCUUCGAAAAUUCCCACGAUCCGAAUGGCCUCAGAUGCGUUUGCAAAUAAUCGCUGUCAGUGCGUUGAAAGGACGCCGAAAACAUUGGGGACAAGCCAGAAAAUGGGCUGGUGACUAUUUGUGCAAUAAUCAAGAAAAUUCCGGUUAUAUUGGGUACACUGAAAGUGUAAAAAAUAUAAAGAAUUCUGAAGGUUUCAAAUUCGUGUUGUUUUCUGGAUUUAUUAAGAAGUUCAACAGAUACAACAAAAGUGCAGACAGAGCUUUUAUUAUAUCAGAUACGGCGAUUUAUAAAUUAGAUGGAGCGAAAAACAAAUUUAGAAAUAUGAAGCGGUCCAUUUUAAUCAAAGACUUGACAUCAAUAAGUGUUAGCACGGGACGGGAUCAACUUGUAGUUUUCCAUUCUCCAGCGAAUAAUGAUUUGGUUUUCAUGUUACAAGGAGAACAUAAACCACUGGACGAAGAUCGAAUUGGGGAAAUUGUAGGAAUCGUAUGUAAAAAAUAUCAAGACAUUAACAAUCGUGAACUUCGAGUAGACGUCAGUUCAACAAUUCAAUGUCGUUUAGGUGGUAAGCCACGAUCAAUUGUUGUAGAAGGAACGACUGGAGUAGAAAACCCGAGCUUCCGAAACUCCGGUGUUGCAAUCACCCUAGAAGUCCCAUCAUCGUACUGUGUUUAGUUAUGUAAAAAUUAUAUUUAAAAACAAA